AUAACCCACCUGCUCCAGGGCUCAGAAGCAGUCUGGCGGGCAACUGAAGGCAGAUGAAGAGCCCUGCCCCUGCCCACAUGUGGAACCUUGUGCUGUUCUUGCCUUCACUGUUGGCUGUGCUUCCGACCACUACUGCCGAGAAGAAUGGCAUCGAUAUCUACAGCCUCACGGUGGACUCCCGGGUCUCUUCCCGAUUUGCCCAUACUGUUGUCACCAGCCGGGUGGUCAACAGAGCCGAUGCUGUUCAAGAAGCGACCUUCCAAGUAGAGCUACCCAGGAAAGCCUUCAUCACCAACUUUUCCAUGAUCAUCGAUGGCGUGACCUACCCAGGGGUUGUCAAAGAGAAGGCCGAAGCCCAGAAACAAUACAGUGCCGCCGUGGGCAGGGGAGAGAGUGCUGGCAUCGUCAAGACCACUGGGAGGCAGACAGAGAAGUUUGAAGUGUCAGUCAACGUGGCCCCUGGUUCCAAGAUUACCUUCGAACUCAUAUACCAGGAACUGCUCCAAAGGCGACUGGGAAUGUAUGAGCUACUCCUCAAAGUGAGGCCUCAGCAGCUGGUGAAGCACCUUCAGAUGGACAUCUACAUCUUUGAGCCUCAGGGUAUUAGCAUCCUGGAGACAGAGAGCACCUUCAUGACCCCGGAGCUGGCAAAUGCCCUUACCACUUCACAGAACAAGACCAAGGCUCAUAUCCGGUUCAAGCCGACGCUCUCCCAGCAACAGAAGUCUCAGAGUGAGCAGGACACGGUGCUGAAUGGGGACUUCAUCGUCCGCUAUGAUGUCAACCGGUCUGACUCUGGGGGCUCCAUUCAGAUUGAGGAAGGCUACUUUGUGCACCACUUUGCUCCAGAGAACCUUCCUACAAUGUCCAAGAAUGUGAUCUUUGUCAUUGAUAAAAGCGGAUCUAUGUCAGGCAAGAAAAUCCAGCAGACCCGAGAAGCCCUAGUCAAGAUCUUGAAAGACCUCAGCCCCCAAGACCAGUUCAACCUCAUUGAGUUCAGUGGGGAAGCAAACCAAUGGAAGCAGUCACUGGUGCAAGCGACAGAAGAGAAUUUGAACAAGGCUGUAAACUAUGCUUCCAGGAUCCGGGCUCACGGAGGGACCAACAUCAAUAAUGCAGUGCUGUUGGCUGUGGAGCUGCUGGACAGAAGCAACCAAGCUGAGCUACUGCCCUCGAAGAGCGUCUCCCUUAUCAUCCUGCUCACGGACGGUGACCCCACUGUGGGAGAAACCAACCCCACGAUUAUCCAGAACAACGUGCGGGAAGCCAUCAAUGGGCAGUAUAGCCUCUUCUGCCUGGGGUUCGGCUUUGAUGUGAACUAUCCUUUCCUGGAGAAGAUGGCACUGGACAAUGGUGGCCUGGCCAGGCGCAUCUAUGAGGAUUCAGACUCUGCACUGCAGCUUCAGGAUUUCUACCACGAAGUAGCCAAUCCACUGCUCUCAUCAGUGGCCUUCGAAUACCCCAGUGAUGCUGUGGAGGAAGUCACUCGGUACAAGUUCCAACACCACUUUAAGGGCUCAGAGAUGGUGGUGGCUGGGAAGCUCCAGGACCAGGGUCCUGAUGUCCUCUUAGCCAAAGUCAGUGGGCAGAUGCACAUGCAGAACAUCACUUUCCAAACGGAGGCCAGCGUAGCCCAACAAGAGAAGGAGUUUAAGAGCCCCAAGUACAUCUUUCACAACUUUAUGGAGAGACUGUGGGCACUGCUGACUAUACAGCAACAGCUGGAGCAGAGGAUUUCAGCGUCAGGUGCCGAAUUAGAGGCCCUCGAGGCCCAAGUUCUGAACUUGUCACUCAAGUACAAUUUUGUCACCCCUCUCACGCACAUGGUGGUCACCAAACCUGAAGGUCAAGAACAAUUCCAAGUUGCUGAGAAGCCUGUGGAAGUCGGUGAUGGCAUGCAGAGACUCCCCUUAGCAGCUCAAGCCCACCCCUUCAGGCCUCCUGUCAGAGGAUCUAAACUGAUGACCGUGCUGAAAGGAAGCAGGUCCCAGAUACCCAGACUCGGUGAUGCCGUUAGGGCAUCUAGGCAAUACAUUCCUCCCGGAUUCCCCGGACCUCCUGGACCUCCCGGAUUUCCUGCACCUCCUGGACCUCCUGGAUUUCCUGCACCCCCUGGACCUCCUCUUGCUUCUGGCUCUGACUUCAGCCUUCAGCCUUCCUAUGAAAGGAUGCUAAGCCUGCCCUCCGUUGCAGCACAAUAUCCUGCUGACCCACAUCUGGUUGUGACGGAAAAAAGUAAAGAAAGCACCAUACCAGAGGAAUCCCCAAACCCAGACCACCCCCAGGUUCCUACUAUUACCUUGCCGCUUCCGGGAUCCAGUGUGGACCAGCUCUGUGUGGAUAUCUUACAUUCUGAGAAGCCCAUGAAGCUGUUCGUAGACCCCAGUCAGGGUCUGGAGGUGACUGGUAAGUAUGAGAAUACUGGGUUCUCGUGGCUCGAAGUGACCAUCCAGAAGCCUCACCUGCAGGUCCAUGCAACCCCUGAACGACUGGUGGUGACACGAGGCAGAAAAAACACUGAAUACAAGUGGAAGAAGACGCUGUUCUCUGUGUUACCUGGCUUGAAGAUGACCAUGAAUAUGAUGGGACUCCUACAGCUCAGUGGCCCAGACAAAGUCACCAUCGGCCUCCUGUCCCUGGAUGACCCUCAGAGAGGACUAAUGCUGCUUUUGAAUGACACCCAGCACUUCUCCAACAACGUUAAAGGGGAGCUUGGUCAGUUUUACCGGGACAUCGUCUGGGAGCCACCCGUCGAGCCAGAUAAUACAAAACGGACAGUCAAAGUUCAAGGAGUUGACUACCUGGCUACCAGAGAGCUCAAGUUGAGUUACCAAGAAGGGUUCCCAGGAGCAGAGAUUUCCUGCUGGACAGUGGAGAUAUAGAACUGUUAGGAGCGCCACUCCCUGCCAUGUUGUCCUCGUACGCAGGCAGAUGACACCUUAUGCCAACAGGGACGCCUGUGAGGCCGAGACCUUGAUGGGAAGAGGAUGCUCCCUUGUUACAAAUAAAGAAGGGCAGUGUGAACCCAGGCAGUUGAUGUCAUGAUUCCAUGUGGCCAGUCCUGUGGGACUUAGGGUCCCAACCUGUAUAUUCUGUCUCAAAGAACAUUAAACUCUUCUGGAACUGGCCCUUGACAGCCUGGGACCAGGGAAACUUUUCACACC